GCCCCUGGAGAGCUCCCUGGAUAGCACGCUGCUGGCUCGGUGCGCUCGUGUGCAGCAGUCCCCUCCCCGAGCCCCGACACUUUCAGGAGCGUCAAGGCAAAGGCUUUGCAGCAUGGUGGCGCUGUCGGCCGGCGUGAACGUGGCGCCUAGCAGCCAGCACAUUGCAUCGUGCGGUGCGCUGCGGCAGAGCCGCUCCACCGCGGCUCCCCGCCGUGCCGCCGCCGUGGUGCGCCCCCGCGCGGUGGCCGCCCCCGAGGCCGCCGCGCGCCAGGGCCCCACCAUCGUGAACGGCCAGGUGCUGCACAGCGCCACCAAGGAGCAGCUGGAUGUGGUGGCCAGCAUGGACAAGUAUGCGGAGGAGCAUGUGCUGCCCAUCCUCAAGCCCGUGGAGAAGUGCUGGCAGGCCCAGGACUUCCUGCCCCACCCCGAGUCCCCAGACUUCCUCGACCACGUGCACCAGCUGCAGCAGCGCACCAAGGAGGUCCCAGACGACUACUUUGUGUGCCUGGUGGGCGACAUGAUCACGGAGGAGGCGCUGCCCACCUACAUGGCCAUGCUCAACACUCUGGACGGCGUGCGCGACGAGACGGGCGCCGCGCCCACGCCCUGGGGCCGCUGGACGCGGCAGUGGGUGGCGGAGGAGAACCGGCACGGCGACCUGAUGAACAAGUACUGCUGGCUCAGCGGGCGCGUGGACCUGCGCCAGGUGGAGGUGACCAUCCAGAACCUCAUCGGGUCUGGCAUGGACCCCAAGACCGAGAACAACCCCUACCUGGGCUUCAUCUACACAUCCUUCCAGGAGCGCGCCACCAAGGUGAGCCACGGCAACACGGCGCGCAUGGCGGCUGAGUACGGCGACGAGGUGCUGGGCAAGGUGUGCGGCGCCAUCGCCAGCGACGAGUCGCGCCACGAGAUUGCCUACACCCGCAUCGUGGACGAGUUCUUCAGGCAGGACCCCAACAACGCCAUGCUGUGCUUCGCCGACAUGAUGCGCAAGCAGAUUGUCAUGCCCGCGCACCUCAUGGACGACGGCAAGCACGGCAUCCUCAACGGCGGCCGCAACCUGUUCACCGACUUCUCCGAGGUGGCGGAGCGCCUCGGCGUCUACCAGGCCAGCGACUACUGCGACAUCAUGGAGCACCUGGUGGCGCGCUGGGACAUUGAGCACCGCGAGGGCCUGCGCGGGGAGGCGGCAGAGGCCCAGGAGUACCUGAUGAAGCUGCCCACCCGCUUCCGCAAGCUGAGUGAGCGGGCAGCGGCCCGCAAGUCCAAGGCGCAGCCCGCGCGCGUGCAGUUCAGCUGGAUCUUCAACCGCGAGGUGAAGGUGUGA